CUGGAUUUAACUUCCUUGUCUUAGCUUUUGUGUUACAAACGGCAGACACGCGCACGAGAAUCAGUUCUGAAUAAAGAUUCGUUUAGGAGUCGAACGUGAGUAGUCCAUGGAUUUGAUUCAGUGCACAGGUGUGUGGGCAGGACCAAACUAACCAGACACAGGUGCUACUGAUGCGAAAGGGAGAGGUCGAGUUGUAAAGGUGGUCGGAUGCCGGUAACAUGUCAACUGCGUUUCUUGUUUUAUGUUCAGACUGUGACAAUCAUCAGUUUACGCCGUAAGCGUCGAUUUAACGGCUUGCGGCUGAACCUGAUAUCAAUGGGAAUGCAAUUUUAAAGACUUUUCUUCAGAAGUGAAUCUGGAUGUGCGGAUCAUGGCUGUAAAACAACAAAUGUGCAAACAUUAAUCUCCGGGGUCAAUUUUCUCAUUACUUUCUGCAGAAACAAGCAUCCUUUCAUUUUCCCCAAGGUUAAGGAUUUGGAUUUGCUGUAAAAUGAGAGUAAAGUAUUCAAAGUUACUUAUUUUAGCGUUAGCUAGCACCCUUUGCCUUGUCGUCAUCUAUUCAACACUGAAGGAUGGCGUGCACCCUCAAAGAGACCUGAUCGAAAUUCAAUCGAUCACAACGGACACCAAUAGAAAACCCACGACUACUAAAGUGAAACCCAUCAUUAAAAAGAAAAGCAAAAAUGACACACCGCUUGAGCUUCCGCCGCUCACUAUUUCUGAGGAUUUCAUGAAGUAUAUUCCAAAAAAUGGAGCCUACUGGAACAGAAAACUUCAUUCUCUCCUCAGGCAGUUUGAUGUUGCCGAAAAUCAAACGCGUGAGGACCCACGUCACUGGUUUCAAUGUAAGCCUGAGAGUUUUGAGUUAUUGCAAACUAACAUUCAAGAUAUUCAGUCAUACCCCCCACUCUAUAAAGACUUUCUAAAAGGCAUGGAAUGUCGAGAUCCACCCGUUGUUAUUGACCAGCCCACAAAGUGUGAGUCUGGGAAUGAAGCGGAGCAGGUUUUCCUUUUGUUUGCAAUUAAAUCCACCUUUAACCACUUCGAGAGACGUCAGGCUGUUCGAGAGACCUGGGGAAGGGAAGGCUCGUAUGACAAUGGAGUGCAGGUGCGAACGGUCUUUCUGCUCGGCCGAUCAUUACAGGAUGAUCCCAAUCUCGACCAACUGAUUUCACUGGAAGCUCAACAGUUUCGAGACCUUAUCGUCUGGGAUUUUGAAGACUCAUUUUAUAACCUGACACUAAAAGAACAUGUGUUCUUCAAAUGGAUGCUUGAUAAUUGUCCUCAAGCGUCUUUCGUGUUUAAGGGUGAUGAUGAUGUUUUUGCCAAUACUCAAGCAAUACUGAAUCAUUUGCAUUCUUUAGAACCUGCGCAGGCAUCGUCAUUGUACACAGGGCAGAUAAUUUCCGAUGCGGCUCCUUUACGUGACCAGAAAAUCAAAUAUUAUGUACCUCAGACUUUUUAUGAGGGUCCUUACCCUCCUUAUGCCGGUGGUGGUGGCUUUCUCUUUUCUGGACACCUUCUCCCAUAUCUUUACCAUGUUUCCUUCUACAUACCCUUUUUCCCUAUUGAUGAUGUCUACACGGGAAUGUGCUUUAAAGCACUUGGAAUCAAUCCAGUCAAACACAGUGGUUUUCAGACGUUUGACAUUCGGGAACAAGAUCGAGAGAAUGCGUGUGUACACAAUGACCUGCUCCUGGUGCACCAGCGUACCCCACAGCAGACCAUGAGACUGUGGAGGAACAUGCAUAGCUCCAUGUUAACCUGCUAAAAAACACAUGAAUUAUUCACAUGAAUAAUAAUAUUAUGUUGAGCCAUUACUGUAUGCUUCCUGAAACUAUAAAACUUGUUUUGAAUGAGAAAAA